AUGUUUGAUCACGUUAUAAGAUCCCUUCCGAUCAACAGCACAACACGUGUCUCAUUUCAAUAUCUCAACGACUUCAAUAAGUCUAGCAAAAGGGUUGUCAAUCUGUUGCCAGAUUACGCUCAGAUGGCUGACUACGCGCGGAACGUCAUCGGACAACUAGAUUCCAGAGCGCGAGACUGUAGGAAUAAAAUUUCGUGGAAUAUAAUUUACGAGCACGACGCUCGCUCAAGCAGCCUUGCUCGAAUGCGAUUCGAUAUGCUAAAGAAACUUGAGCACUCUCUUCGCACAAGCUCUUCGUUGUAUAAACUCUUCAACAACAGAUAUUAUGAAAUCUCAUCUGAUCGAAUGGAAGACAUACAGAGAGUUGUUAGAAGACUUCAAUAUGGAACAGAUGAUUUUCAACCAGUGAUUGUUCUUAUAAUGAGCCCAAAACUUGCACUCAAAUCAUUCACGAAUGAAAUUCUAUUCAAAUCUGGCGAAUUCUUUAGAAUCAAUCUGGCGGAACAACUAAGUACUCCGACAAGUAACAGAAUUUCGCCAAAAGCUCCAAACCAAACUGAUUUCGGGCUUUUCCCACGUGUGCUGGCGGAUGGUAUCUUGGCGUAUUACACUUUGGAAGACGAGUUCCACUAUCAAUCACCUGAUUUCUCCGUUCAAAAAGAGUUCGACUUCCUUGAAUUGAAUCCGGACAUGGAAAGGAAAAAAUCGACAUCUAGGAUAAAAGAGUGCCCGUAUCUCAAAAGCACUGUAGUUUUUAUGGACGACAUUGAAGAAAACACGACUUGCGAGACGACAAAGAGCUCCUUUUUAGCGGGAACAGUAGCGGACGACAUGAAGAAUAUUUUGUCAGCAAUAGUCCCCUCGAUCGUCGUGACUGCGCUGAUCAGCGUGUGUUAUUGCUGCUACAGCAAAAAACGUUUUGGAGUUUCGAUAAGGAGGCCAGCGCCGCCCGCCGCCGAGCCGCGUCCAGUGGAGCUCAAUCAGUCUAAGGGCUCUAGCGUUUAUCGUUCUAAGUGGACGCAUUCUCCAACAAAUCCGAACACGAAUCAAAGUUCAUCCACGAAAACAUGCUCGAGUCGAACAUCCGGAGAAUACAAUGCCGCUAGAGCCGUCAACGCACCGCCGCUUGGUUCACACGAUCAGCAGAACCGACACGAGCAGGAUAACAGAAUGGUUGGCUUUAUGACUCGAUCCCGUCUUCGUCGAAACGACCUGUCAUUCCAUACCUGUGAUACAGAAGUCGUCACAAUUAGCGAGGCUGAUUCAAACUCCCGCUCCAAUGGGUCCUCGAGCGGAUACUUUCCCGGCCAAACUAGAACGUAUAAUAACACAUUUACAUAA